AUGGCCGACGCAGAAGAGGAUUUCAGCUCCUUGCCGCUCCCCGACCGCUUUUCACACAAGAACUGGAAAGUCCGUAAACAGGCCUAUGAAGAUGUUGCUAAACAGUUUGCCAAAUCACCGGAUGAGUCCGAUCCUUGCUUCCGACCCUUUCUAAACGACCCGGGUUUGUGGAAAUCUGCCGUCUCCGACUCCAACGUGGCCGCCCAGCAAGAAGCCAUCACCUCCCUCUGCGAAUUCCUCAAGUAUGGCGGACGAGAUGGCGCUCUACGUACGCGUGGAGUCGCAAUUAGCCCCAUGGUUGAGAAGUGCCUAUCUUCAACGCGACCCGCCAUCAAGCAAAACUCCCUCGAAGCGAUCCUGCUAUAUAUCGAACUGGACACAGCAGCCCCCGUUAUCGAAGAGGUGCUGCCUGGUCUUGGCAACAAGGUACCCAAGAAUGUUGCAGCUACACUAAACGCCUUGACCCAGAUUAUCCACAACUACGGCUGCAAGAUUGUCGACCCGAAGCCUAUCCUCAAAGCACUACCCAAGGCCUUUGGUGCAGCUGAUAAAAAUGUGCGUGCUGAGGCUACUGGCCUUGCGGUGGAGCUCUACAGGUGGCUGCGAGAGGCUAUGAAGCCCAUGUUCUGGGGGGAUCUGAAGCCCACGCAACAAACCGAUCUGGAGGCGCAGUUUGAAAAGGUCAAGGCUGAGGGCAACCCGAAACAAGAGCGACUGCUGCGAAGUCAGCAAGAGGCUGCUGAAGCAGGCGGCGGCGGCGACGGCGAGGACGGAGAAGAGGGCGAAGAAGAAGAGGCGGAGGAGCCAGCCGAGAUCGACGCGUUCGCCUUGGCCGAACCUGAGGAUGUUCUAAAGAAAUUGGCGCCCAAUUUCCACGAACAGCUUGCCUCCUCCAAGUGGAAAGAUCGUAAAGAGGCCGUUGAGGGACUCUAUGCAAUCCUCAAUGUCCCUCGUAUCAAGGAUGGCGACUUCAACGAAAUCACUAGGGGCCUUGCCAAGUGCAUGAAGGACGCCAACGUUGCUGUCGUUACGCAGGCGGCCCAGUGCAUCGAGCUGCUGGCAAAGGGAUUGCGCCAAGCCUUCUCCAAACAUCGUACCACGGUCAUGCAGCCCAUAAUGGAACGGUUAAAAGAGAAGAAAGCUGCGGUUGCCGACGCUUUGGGCGGUGCACUUGACGCUACCUUUGAGGCAACGUCACUGUCUGACUGUCUUGAAGAUAUCUUUGCUUUCCUGGGCAACAAAAACCCGCAGGUAAAGGAGGGUACCAUGAAGUUUCUCAUUCGUUGUCUGCGGACUACGCGCGAGGUUCCAGCCAAACCCGAGAUUGCUCAAAUAUGUGAGGCUGGAAAGAAGCUACUUGCGGAAUCGACCCCCGGGUUGCGAGAUGGUGGUGCUGAGAUUCUGGGAACAAUCAUGAAGAUCAUUGGUGAACGAGCGAUGACUCCGAACUUGGAAGGCUUGGACGAUAUUCGAAAGAACAAAAUCAAGGAGUUCUUUGAAGCGGCCGAAGUCAAGGCAAAAGAGAAGCCCAAGCCCGUCCCCAAGCCGGCACCAGCCGCAGCACCGAAGAAGGUUGUCGGGGGCAAGAAGCCUGCAGCAGGCGUCAAGAAAGCGGCGCCGGCUGCUGCAGCUGAGGCACCUCCCGCGGCGAAGCCCGCAGGAAGCAAACUGGGCCUGCCCAAGACGGGCGGACUCAAAGCUCCCCAAAAGCGAGCGGUUGGGGCCUCUUCUGGGGCUUCAUCACCCCGCCGAUCGGGCCCGAUUAUGCCAGAAGAAGAUCCUCUGCCGCCAACACCACCGCCGGCAAAGGCAGCGCCCUCCCGAGGACUCACGGGUCGCUCUUUGGCUAAGCCUGCUGCGGCUCCCGCGCGGAUGCCUUCGGAAUCACCGCCCCCUUCAAGCGGCCUCACUGCCAUUGAGAGGGCCGAAUUGGAAGAAUUGCGCACCGCCAAUGAUCGUUUGACCCGGCAUAUCGAUGACUUGCGUCAGGAACGCAGCAAGUUUACGUCGGAAAUCCAGGAGCUGAAGAACCAGAAUGCCAGCCUCAUUGAAGACCACACCCGCGAUGUCCUGAGCAUCAAGGCCAAGGAGACCCAGCUCGUCCGUGCCCGGAGCGAUGCGGAGGCAGCAGAGGGAGUCAACGAUAGACUACGGCGUGAGCUGGAGCGCCUCAAGAAGGCGCUGAGCCGUGCUGAACACCUAAAUGCAUCGGCUGGUAUUACAUCACCAACAUUCGACGAGCCCGGGAUGUAUCGGGACUCCAUGGCUGCUCCAAGCUCACGGAAUAGGAUGAGCUACGCCAGCAGCAUGUCCGAAGAGAAGGAGAAUGGCGAUGCUCCUUAUCCACGAAACAAGUUCAGUCCGGAACUGCGCUAUGCAGGCAGCACUGGAUCAUCUGGACGUGGAUCUCCAGCUCGAGGAUUCCGGAAUAUCGCCUCGCACGACGAUGGCAGCGAUUCAACGCUGACAUCGGCCAGAGACCGCCCCGUAUCGUCAAUGCCACAGUCGGGUUCCAACGGAGCCGAGAGCUGGAGGCGAGCAGCUGAGGUGACAAGUCAGUUGAAGGCCAGAAUUGAACAGAUGAAGGCCAAGCAAGGAUUUGCCAGAUCUUAG